AGCCGCAGCCGAGUCCGAGGCGAGCGGGCGGCGGCGCCAUGGCGUGUGCGGGACUGCUCACCGUGUGCCUGCUCCGGCCGCCCGCGCCCGAGCCCCCGCGGCCCCCUGUGCCCACGCCCGACGCCGGGCCCGCCGGACACGCGCUCUUCCAGGACGUUUUCCGCAGAGCGGACAAGAAUGAUGAUGGUAAGCUGUCAUUUGAGGAAUUCCAGAAUUACUUUGCCGAUGGGGUUCUCAGCCCAGAGGAGCUGCGAGAACUGUUCAGCGGCAUUGAUGGGCAUCCCACUGAAUUACUUCUCAGAACACCUGGGCAUCUACCGGCCUGUGUUGGCUGCGCUGGAGACGCUGAACCAAGCAGUGCUCACUGCCAUGGACACCACCAAACUGAUGAGGAAACUGAGGCGCAAGGAGGUGAAGGGAAUUGGCCUGACAUCCCAGCUGGCAAAUGCCUCCCUGAGUAUGAGGGGUCCUCCAAGGUGGACCAGUUUAUGACCCGCUUCCUGCUGCGGGAGACAGUGAGCCAGCUCCAAGCCCUGCAGAACUCGCUGGAGGGAGCCUCAGAUACCCUGGAGGCCCAGGCCUGUGGCCCACGGCUGGAUGACGAGAGCGUGGAGGUGCAGAGCAGGCCUCGUGGCGGCUGGCGGGCAGGACGCAAGGCCCCAGGGUGCAUCAGUCGCUCACCCACCUGGUCUCCCGGCCCCUCUGACAGAGAGCAGAGCUCAGAGGCCGAGCUGCAGUGGCGGCUCCAGGUCAACCGCCUCCAGGAACUCAUCGACCAGCUUGAGUGCAAGGCCCCCCGACUGAAGCCCCUGCGUGAAGAGGAGUUUGCCAAGGGGCCCGACUCACACAUACUCGUGGCCCAGAGGCAGGUCCAGGUGGCAGAGGAAACCCUGCAGGACUUCCACCACGCCCUGUGCUGCUAUGUGGACUUCACAGGGGCCCAGAGCCAUUGUCUGCAUGUGUCCACAGAGAAGAUGCUGGACCAUGCUUCCUUCGUCCUGUAUGAGUUCUGGCAGGAUGAGGCCUCCUGGAGAAGGCACCAGCAGUCGGCCUGCAGUAAGGCCUUCCAGCGCAUCCUCAUUGACCACCUGCAGGCUCCGGACACCCUCACCACUGUGUUCUUCCCAGCCUCCUGGUGGAUUAUGAAUAAUAAUUGAGCCUGAUAUACUCAAGCCAAGGACCCUGGGCACUGCCUGCCUCCUUCUGGAGCUUCCUGGACUGGCCAACUCAGCACCAAGGCCUGAGAGACAAGACCAAGGACCCUGCCUCCUCCUAGGCCUGGGCCUGGGCUCUCAGAGGCCUUCCUGACUCAGUUGGUGGAUGGUCUCUCAGCCCAUGGAUGAGAGGCUGUGCUGCUUGCUUUCUGUUUAUUAGUUAGUCAGUGUGUUUCAUUGUUUGUGGCUUCAUCCGCCGAGGCACUCUGGCUGCCUGGACUCAGAAGGCCUGGGGUCUGGUUCCUGCUGUGUGACCCAAGACAGAUCCCUUCCCUCUCUGGGCCUCAGGCCACCUGACUGUCUAGUAGGUGCCCUGCAUUCUUCCCGCUGUGUUAGAAGGAAGAACACAGCUCCUCCUCCCCCGCCAGCAGCAGAACCAGGGCUGAUGCUCAGGGACCCCUACCUUGACCCCCGACCCCAGAGGCCAGGCCGGACCAGGCUGCAGUGUUGGGUAAGGACCUGAGGAUCCCUGAGGCUCUCCCAGGCUGGCAGGCUCCAGGCUCUUCCAGUGCCUGUGUUGGACUAGAGACCUCUGGAGCAUCCUGGGUGGGUUUGCAUGUCAUUUGCAUGUCAUUUGCAUGUUCACAUUCCACCCACACUUAAGGCACUGUAGGAAGCCCCAAGGUGACCUUGCCAAGUAGCAAUAAUUUGGGCCCAUAAUCACUUGCUGUCCCCAAAGACAACUUCAGCACAGGAUCCCAGCAUCUGGGCAAUAAAGGCAGUGGGCACCUC